CUCUUAACCUAUUGGCUCUAUCACUGACUUUUACCAUUUCUUAGUGUCCCCAAAUUUCUUAUAUAUAACCAUGCUACUCAGGUUUCAUAUUUUCAAUCCAUAUUGAGAAAAAAACAGAGCAACUCUGUUUUUCUCUUUUCUCUUCAGAUUCACACACUUAAAAUGGAUUAUUCCUGCAAUUUCUUUUCACAAGAUUCAUUCACUUUGAAUCCAAAAACCCACCACGAGUUUCUCCCCUUCAACGAAAACGACCCAGAAGAGAUGCUUCUAUACGGCAUGAUAACAUCAUCAUCAUCACAGCAACAACAACAACGAAAAUUCAUCAGCAGUAGCAAAGAAACAACAUUAAAGAGCAACAAAGAGAAGAACACCAAGUCCUACCGCGGCGUUCGACGGAGACCGUGGGGGAAAUUCGCGGCGGAGAUAAGAGAUUCCACUCGGCAUGGCAUAAGGGUCUGGCUUGGAACAUUUGAUAGUGCUGAAGCAGCAGCACUUGCUUAUGAUCAAGCUGCUUUUUCAAUGAGAGGUUCUGCUGCAAUACUUAAUUUUCCGGUUGAGAAGGUUAGGGAAUCACUCAGGGACAUGAAUUAUGAUGAUCAGUGUUGUUCGCCGGUUGUUGCUUUGAAGAGGAAGCAUUCGAUGAGAAGGAAAAUGGAUGAGAAGAAGAAGAAACAUGACAGAGAUGUUGGGAUAGAUAAUUUGGUUGUGUUUGAAGAUCUUGGUGCUGAGUAUUUGGAACAGUUGUUGAUGUCUUAUUGUUGAUGUUUUGUGACAAUCAAGAUUAGAAAUGUUUAGUGAAUCCAUAUGAUCCAAAAAUAUGUUAUUUGUAUUCAUUAAUUAAAUUAUAUUUAAAUCUUUAUCCGUAUAAAAGUGUUUAUUUAAUCUUUAUAGCUCCGGUUAAAAAUUAAUAAAUUGAAUAAUCAAGUUUGAAUUUA